AUCGGUCAACAUGAACUUUCUUCUGAUCUCACUUCUAACGAUCACCCUUCUACCGUCGUUAGUGAUCUCGCAAACCGACGUUGAAGACCCGUCCCAACCGCGUCAGAAACGUGCUCUCAUAUUCCCACGGGGAAAUCCAACCCGCCAUCAGCUGGUGGCCGGAUUCGGCAUUCCGGUGGACAUCGUGCUGGAAUCCGUCACUGCCGGGUACGUCUUCAAGGCGGUCUACUUCUUACCGUGGAACUCGUCGCACUGGAUUCCGCAGUUUCUGCGGCGGGACGAGAAUUUACUGUUCGAACCACCGGAGCAGGUUCAAAGGAGGAACUUUGUGGAAGUGGUGGAACCGGAGGAACCGAAUCGGUUGGAGUUGGAGUUGGAAGAGUCAGCAGAGCCGGAUGAAGGCUGGGCUGGUAGAAGCCGAUGGGAAAUCUAUCGAAUGCUGGAGACGAUUGGUGAUCAGAAGGGCUACAACGGUCGCAGCUGUCUGCUGCGAACCAUCUGUGAAGCGGCCGAGGCGAAGUUUUCCCACUCGAGCGGAAUCAUCGGUGAACUGUUGCACAUCCUGUUGACCCCAUCGACGACCCCGGAGGAACCCGCGCCGGAAGGGAAAGAAGACAUCCACGUACCGCACGAGGAGUACAAACGGGCGGAACUGGUGGCUAGUCGGAGCAGUCCCCGGACCAGAUUUGCCGGGUCGUCGGUCUGUUCGGAUAUGUACGCCGAGUGCCCGUUUUCGUUGUUGGAUCUUUUCUCAGGGAUAUUGUAGGGGGCGGAACUGUCUGAUUGCACCAAACCGAUGUGAGAAAUAUGAAAAGACUAUUCUCGUCAAGAUUAAUCUUCUUACUAGCUGUAAAUAAAUUUCCAAAAGUAAAACAAAAUGGAAAAAUUUGACGAGAAAGUUUUAUUGUUCCAU